GUGGUCCGCCGCGGUACGCCGUGUCCAGGCCGUGUCCAGGCCGCGUCCAGCCGGACUCCAGUCCUCUUGGUCGGUGAGCGGGUGUCCCGGCGGCGCAGUGUUGUGCCGAGCAGCGCCGCGAACGCACGGCCUGGCCAACCCGUCCCGACCGUCUGCCAAGCCGAGCCGAAAAAGCCCAAGCCCGACCCUCCCCGUCAGGUCCCCGUUCGCCAUGACUCCGUGGAGCGCCGCCGCCCUGCUGGGUCUCGCCGCCGUCGUGGCCCUCGUGGGGCUGCCCGGCACCGCAGACGCCCUCAAGAUGCCCUCGUACAUCACGGCCUGCAAGAAGGACGACCCCAACCUCAACGACUGCGUGGUCAAGGCCGGGAGGGCGGCCAUCCCCCACUUCAUCAACGGUGACCGAAAGUACAAGAUCCCGAACCUGAACCCGCUGACAGUGUACGACUUCCGGGUGACCCAGGGCACGAGGUCGGUGGGACUCAAAAUCCACAUGAAGGAGGCCCAGGUCUUCGGCCUGCCCGAAAUGGAGUUCCAGUCCGCCAAGGUGGACCUGAAGGGCAAGCACAUCGAGUGGAACCUGUUCGGCAAGACCGUGGAGAUCGGCGGCAUCUACAACGUGACCGGCAACGUGCUCAUCCUGCCCAUCACCGGCACGGGCCCCGCCAACAUCACGCUCAAGAACUGCAAGUUCAACUACACGUUCGACUUUGACCUGUACAAGCGCGCCGACGGCCGCGACUACAUGAAGGUGGUGUCCAGCAACCUGAGCUUCGACACCACCCGGGUGUACGUGCGCCUGGAGAACCUCUUCAACGGCGACAAGCUGCUGGGCGAAAACAUGAACCGCUUCAUCAACGAGAACUGGCGCGAAGUGACGCAGGAGAUCGGACCCACCAUCGCGGACGCCGUCGCCGAGGUGUUCAAGAGCAUCCUGACCAACAUCUCGGACCUGGUGCCCUGGGAGUACGCCUACGUGUAGGGGAGGGCGGCACGUGUUCGCAGCGAGCCUCGGACUCCAGGCUCCAGCCAAGGCUCCAGCUCGCCGGCCGAAGCCGAAAAUCAAGUUUAGCCGCCCCCUAGGGAAGACUGAUGGACAUAAAGGAACCCGUCGUUAGUCGACUGUGGUCCAAACAAGCGACUCCAGUCGCCGCCGCGCGUCAAACCAAAACCGUAAUUUGCAUAGUUUUUGCGUGUCUCGACGGGCGCCAAUUUCGUUUCCAUGAUAGUGAGCUAUCUCUGUGAUUUUAAAAAUAAACAUGUUAAGGCCCUCACUUGUGUAUAAAAGACACCAUUCUUCUAACGUCUUUGUUGUGAUACUGUGUGUAGGUUUUUUUUCCCUUGACGACGUUGAAAACGAGUUGAUGGAGCAUCGGAAUAAAUGUAGAUUCGUAAGCGUUA